GGAGCUGGGCCGCGACGCCCGCUUCAGCGUCGGCAUCGUCGGCCACUCCCGCGCGCACUACGACUGCUACCCGGAGGAUUUUCUGGACUGGUCCCACGGCACUGGCCCGCCCAACCUGCAGUCCUUCGCGCGCGAGGUGCUGACGCAGGGCACGGUCGACAGGACCGACCUGCUGGUCGUGGGCUCGCGGGGUGGCCAGGUGGUGCUCCCCAACUUCUGGGCGUCGGGCGUUCGCGUCCCGCCGGCAGUAGUCAUCAACGGCGGCUGCGCCAUGAAGCUGCCCACGCCCGUCCAGUGGCCAAGGGACGCGAUCACCUUCAUUUUGCUCGGGGGGGACGACAACUUCCGCGGGCACUUCAGCCACCAGGAGUACGUUGCCGACGCCAAGUCUCGCGUGCCCAAGGCCAAUUCCACCACGGCCAUCCUCUACGUGAACGAGAUGCAGCACAUGCCGCAGGCCUCCCUGCUCUCCUCCAUAUUGCCGCACAUGCUGGCGGCGCUGCAGAAGUGGGAGGACGGGCGCGGCACCGCGCCGCUGAACGAGUUCCGCCCCAUCCUCGCGGCGCUGAACAGGGGCGGCUGGUCCGGCCGGUUCCUCCACACCCGCGCCGCCGGGGCCUGGGAGGACAGACAUCGCGUUCAGCCCCUGCGAGGUGGCCCGCCUGGCCCGCUCCCCCAGCCGCUCGCCCGCGCGCGCCGACGACGCCUCCGAGUCCGCCGAGGAGGAGCCCAUCGAGCUCUCCCGGCGCGACGAGCUCCGGGCGCUGUGGCGGGCCGCGGCGGCCACGGCGCGGCCCCAGUGCGGGGCGCCGGCGGCGCGCGACGGGGCGCUCUUCACCGCGGUGGUGCAGGCGGCCACGGCGCAGGCCGCCGCGCAGGCGGAGGCCACCGCGCCGGCCGCCCAGCAGCGGCCGCUGCUGCCGAUCGCCGUCGCGGGGCGCGGCGACGCCAAGGCGCUGCGCGGCGGCUACACGCCGCACCGGCUCAACGGCGCGGAGCCGACGCCGAUCUCGCGCGCGCUGGGCCUCGGCAGGCCGUGCCCCUGGGUCUCCCCGAAGAGCUCCUACAGCACCGGCCGCUACGAGUUCUUCACGCCCUCGGAGGUGGCGACCGGGGGGGCCUGAGGCGGCGCGGGGGCGCAGGACGAGGGCGGUGCCCUGAUGCCGUGAUGCGGUGGGCUCCGGCUGCGCUCCAGGAGUUCCGAGCGCCUGGCGCGGCCCUCGCAUCUGGGGCCCGCGCGGCGCCACUGGAAGGCCCGGAGAUUUUGGGACGUGCGGCAGGGGGGGCACCUCCCGACGCCGAAAUCGCUCUGGCGCGAACCUGCCGUGUCAUUAUUAUGUCUUCUCCCUCCUCCGAGAAGGAGGCUCCGGGGCGUGGUCCGAGGCGGGGAUUUAUCCAUCACCACCGCAGCGCUUCAGUCCCCGCCUCGAGCGUGGGGCCAGUGGCGGGGAUGGUGCAGAGGCGGAAAUCACAGGGGCAGGCAGGGUGGUCGGCGUAGUCUGUACAGGUAGGGUUCAAUUCGGUGCGCACGAAUUGAUUGGAUUUGGGAGUAUUGCUUGCCACCAAAGUGUGGGCGUGAAGUGGCCACACGAUGGACAUAUGAACCGUCUUGGUACUUGUCGAGUCCCGAACGCUAUGCGCCAGUAUCGUCAUGGUGCCUCGGGAGGAACUCGGUUUAAAUUGGCCACGGCAGCGUCGCCUUGUAUGCAGACGGUUGCCACGUGCAGACGUUCGAUCUGUCAUUGCAGAUGCUUGCGAGCUCGAAGACCUCGGCAUCGCGACCACCCUCCGUGGCGACUGCACGUUAACGUUCUCUGCGCCCGCUUCCAUCUCAAAUCGUGCACUCGCUCGCUCGAGGGGCUGGAGAUCAGCACAGCCUCGGCGGGUGAUCUGCCGCAUGGGCCGCGCGCGCGGCCGAGGCUCAGAGCCGCUCAACCGCAGCGGGCGCCUCCCCGACAAUACCACCCUCCCGACCUCCUGACAGCAGGAGCGGAGAGUUCGCACGAGCAAUCUUAUCAGCACGAGGCGUCUGCGCGCUGGCGCCUGGCUUUAUCCUCCCU